UGUGGUCCAUGGAUUGAAUAAUCCUGAUGAUGAUCAAGUAAUUUGGGUUAGUGCUAUUUGUAGGGCUAAUUCUAGUAGAGGAUUGUUGUCUUGUUGACGGAUCCUUUGUAAUUAAGUUCAUUUUUCCCAGACUUUUAUGUUCCAUCCAUGAACUAAAAAUGUUAGUGUUUGUCCUUUGGUGCGGAGGCUGUGGCCGUGGAGCAGUUGCAAGAGUUAACGGACACGGACGUCAUCCCCUUCUCCUUCGCCUUGUCUUUGUUACGUGGCUCGGCCACGCGCCGUUUCCCUCCACUCCAAUCGAACCCACCUCAGAGCUACGGCCUUCAUUCAUCUUUCUUCUCUGUCUGGUGAAGAGGAGAGGAGAUCAGAGUCCAGAGAGAGAUGCAAAUCUCAGUCAGAUAGUUUAAUUGAUACUUGUUGGGAGUGAAAUGAUAUGGAUGCGCGUCUUGUGUAUUAGUUUAUGAGAAUAAAGAAUAAAAAAGUGAUGUUAUUAUGUCACAGAAGAGAAUUAAUAGAAAACUUGGAACAAGAGAUUAGAGAGAGAAUUUAAUUGGAAGCGGUCUAGUUAGGAGAAGUGAGUAGUUUCACCACCGAGACAGCCACCCGUUCACGACCACCGUCCACCGCCACACCACGCUCGGCAGCCGCCUCUAAGUCAAGCCCUCGUGCUCCAUCAUCUAUACUGAUCAGAUCUUUAUUUGACCAUCCUCCACCUUUUUCUUCUUCUUCUCCGGGUUCUCGUUUUUUUCUUUUUUGUUUAGUUUUUGGUCACAAAGCUGCUGCUUUUUAGUAAUUGAACUGAGUUCUGAAUUUCUUUAUCUACUCUCUUUCAUGUCUUUGGGUUGUUUGAUCCGAUAGGGUGAACUGGGUUUCUGUCUUGUUUAUUUCUGAUUUAUUUUAAUUUUGUUCUGGGUAACUGAGAUAAGAUCACUGAGAUGGGAUGGAACCCAUAAUACAGGUGAUGAAGCAGUUUCCUCUGGAAACCUGUUAUCUCUCUUUUAUCUCGACGUGCAGCAACCGUACCACCUCCUAUCAGACGGCUUGCAGGAUAACAGGUUGGUAUCUAUUCCCUAACCAACAUCUCUCGCUCUCUAUCCCUAUCUCUAUUCCAUAUCCCCCAUGAGAGACAAAACUUGAGAGAGAUCGUAAACAUAAUAGAGAUAGAGAGAGAGAGAGAGAGAGAGAGAGAGAGAGGGAGGGAGGGAGAUUGAGAAGAUUUUGUUUUGGGUCGGAAAGAGAUCUUAAUUUCUUCUUUAUUACUAAACAAACCUUUGUGUGUGUGUGUGUGGACUGUGGAGGGAGUUUUUGGUUGGAGCGGAAAUCCGCAUUCAGGAAGGAUCGCCGUUGUUUUGCUCUCUGUGCAGAUUCUCCUGGGCUGGAAACAGACACGUUGAGCUCACAUCUGCUUACUGAAACGGCAAAGGCACCUUCCCCGCAAAUCCCGUACCCCAAUAUCUGCAUGCACCACCAAACAUUUGCUACAGCUCGUUUUGAAUUAACUCACCUCCCCGCCCGUCUCGCCGUCCCUCUGACAUAUAUAUAACAAGAAGAAUUAGAGAAAUAGAGCGAUCUGAAGAGAGAGAUGCAGCAAGAUAGAGGUGGUGGUGGUGGUGGAGGAAUAGCAGGUGCAGGAGGAGGAAGAAUGGACCAGAUGAAGGGGUUGCAACAGCAUGAUCGACGGGUGAAACCCCCACCACCGGAGAAUCAACAGCAGCAGCAACAACAGCCUCAGAAAUGCCCGCGUUGUGACUCUCUGAAUACCAAGUUCUGUUAUUACAACAAUUAUAGCCUCUCGCAGCCGCGUUACUUCUGCAAGACUUGCAGAAGGUACUGGACUCAAGGGGGAACCCUACGGAACGUCCCCGUGGGCGGUGGUUGCAGGAAGGGAAAGCGAUCAAAAAAAUCCUAUACCGCCGAUAAUCUACAGAACCAACUGCCAUCGGUUCCCCAGCUAUCACAGCAUCAGCUGCAGCAGCAACAAUUCGGUUCAUCCACAACCUCCACCUCUACAGUCAUAACCACCAGUGGUGGUGGUAAUCCUACUCUGAGGACCAAAGAAGUAGAUUUGAUGAUCCCACCUUCUCACAUCCCUCCGGUAGCACCCAACCCACCUUCUAUUUACUAUCCAGGUGGAGGGUUUCUGUCUUCGUUAGCAGCGCUUCAAUCGUUGAAUCAGCCCAUGAACGUCGCCGGGGAGUUCGGCGGUUCUAAUCUGGCUUUGCUACAGGGAUUCAGUCUGCCGUCUUUCAGCCCCCAACAGCAACAACAAGCACAGCAACAGCAGUUAUUCCAGAUUGGUGGGGGUGCUGGUAGAGAUAAGACGCCAAUACAUCAGCUGCUGCCUUCGGAAGAGAACACAAUUCAUCAGCAAACCAGGCCUUGUACUUCGUAUCAGGAAUGGCACCAAAGCUUCAUCAACCCUAGUAACCCCAUCGUCUCCGAGGCGGGUUACUGGAGCAGCAACAGCGCCACUAACAGCAGUGCUACUGGCCAUUCCAUGAACCCAGGUCACUGGAUGCCUGAUCCACCAGGUUAUGCUCCUCCGUCAUCUUCUUCACAAUCUUUCCUAUAACUAUAUAUCAUCAAGCUUUUAUGAGCUGACAAACUGAAUUCAGGAAUUCUUUUCUUCUUUUCCAUACAAAACAAUUAAAUCCUUUUGUUUUAAUUGAUUGGUGGGUUUUUGAGGUGAAUCUUGUUGGUGGGAAUGAUCAACACACAGCUGCAUCAUAUCAUAUGACAGGGACAUGGACGGAGUUCUUUUGAUAUGGAAUGAGUAUCCAUGUAGAUAGGGAGAAACAAUCGAUUUUCUGGUUUUUUUUUUUUUGGGGGGUGAUUUUGAUUAAAAGAAAGACUCUGUCUCUUCAGAGUAAUUGACUGUUACAUCGAAGUAAGCUUUAUUUGGUCGUUUGAUUUAGCUUUAUAUAGUAGUUGUUAGCAUAACGGAGUAGUAGUCUCUGUAAACUCUUAUAAGAACAAUGAAUGAAAUUGAAGAGAACAUAAGUAGAGAAGAGAGUUGCACAGGUAAAGAAAGUAAAGGAGGGUUUUGAUUUUGGCAAA